UGGACUUUGGAGCAUGAAUCUGAGCGUGGCUAUGGGAAGUGGGGAGGAGGUGUUCCAAGUUGGGGAAACAGCCUGUGUUACAAAGGCUUAUCAGCAGAAUACCUCUCUCUUUCUCUUCACCCUCUGAUUUCCUACCGGUGCGUCCCAUUGACUAAACCUGGCCAGAGAGUCUGGGUAAACUAGCUCGAGGCACAGGGCAGGGCAGGGCAGGGCAGGCAGUGGACCUGAAGAGGCAGACGGGAUCAUCAGAACAAAAGCUGUGGCAUGUGAACGAGGUAUGUGCAGAGGAUGAGAUGAAGUUAGGCAUUGCAUGAAGAGAACUAAGGAAGAUGAGUCUGGAGCCAAAUUAUACGGAUCCACGUGUUUUAGAAAAACAAGAAUUACAGCAGCCAACCUAUGUUGCCCUCAGUUACAUCAAUAGGUUCAUGACAGACGCUGCCCGCCGAGAGCAGGAGUCCCUAAAGAAGAAGAUUCAGCCGAAGCUCUCGCUGACCUUGUCCAGCUCCGUGUCUCGAGGGAAUGUGUCCACGCCGCCUCGCCACAGCAGCGGAAGCCUUACUCCCCCCGUGACCCCGCCCAUCACCCCCUCCUCUUCAUUCCGCAGCAGCACUCCAACCGGCAGCGAGUACGACGAGGAGGAGGUGGAUUACGAGGAGUCGGACAGCGACGAGUCCUGGACCACAGAGAGCGCCAUCAGCUCCGAGGCCAUCCUCAGCUCCAUGUGCAUGAACGGCGGCGAGGAGAAGCCCUUCGCCUGCCCGGUUCCCGGCUGUAAGAAGAGGUACAAGAAUGUGAAUGGCAUAAAGUACCAUGCUAAGAAUGGCCACAGAACACAGAUUCGUGUCCGCAAACCAUUCAAGUGUCGUUGUGGUAAGAGUUACAAGACAGCUCAGGGCCUGCGGCACCACACAAUCAAUUUCCAUCCCCCGGUGUCGGCCGACAUUAUCAGGAAGAUGCAGCAGUAACAUGCUGGUCAUAACUGUGCCAAGAAAUCCUCACCAGCAGUUGCUGAUUUUGAAAACAGCCACCUUUUUUCAGGGGAAGCAUUCAGCAACCCUUUAAAGAAUAAAUGCAUGCUUUAAAUUUUUUCUGUAA